AUGAGUCAAGCCAUUGAAAAAGAACCAACUCAAAAUAAUGAGUCUUUCAUACCAAAUGAAGAGGUAGGCGACAAUAGUGAGGAUGAUCAAGAAGAAGUUCGAUUUGAAGAUCUAUUUGGUGUUAGCGAUGACGAUGGCAAUGAAGAUAUCUUUGACACACCAACCGUUGCACUAAGAGCUCAACCAAUUAGUUUGUACAACCCACCUGUUCACAUGCAAAAUAUAAGUUUAGAUGAUGCUGAACCAAUCUUUGUUUUUGGAAGUUUCAUACCAACUCACAAUGCUGACGAAAUAGAGGAGGGCAUCGAGUUUGAAAAUAAGGAAGAGUGUGUUCUUGUGUUGCAACAAUGGAAUAUAAAACGUAGUCUAGAUUUUUCUGUGACUAAAUUUGACAAUGUACGUUAUGUCAUCAAAUGUAGAAGUUCUACAUGUAAUUUCAAAUGCAGGGUUUCUUUGCGUAAGGGCAACUCAAGAUGGAUAGUUGGUAAGUCUGGUGGGCCUCAUACAUGCACAACCACUUAUAUGUCACAAGACCAUACAAAACUCAGUUUAGAAAUGAUUAGUAAGAGCAUAAUGAAGCUUGUAAAUCGGAAUGCUUCUCUUAAGGUGAAGGUGAUCAUCGCUCAUGUUGUUGAAAAAUACAGGUAUAUCAUAUCAUACAAAAAGGCAUGGAUUGCAAAGUGUAAGGCAAUUGAGUCGCUGUAUGGAAAUUGGGAAACAUCUUACAACGAUUUGCCGCAGUGGAUACUGGUAAUGAAAACAUAUCUACCAGGUACCAUUAUAGAAUUGCAAUCCUUACCUGUGAUUUCAAAUGAUGGUUCACACUUGGGUGACCAAAGGAUAUUUCAUCGUCUUUUUGGGGCGUUUCGACCAUGUAUACGUGGUUUUGCGUAUUGUAAACCUAUUGUGCAGGUUGAUGGAACAUGGUUGUAUGGCAAGUACAAAGGGACUCUGUUGAUGGCUGUGGCACAGGAUGUGAACGGGAACAUUUUUCCGAUAGCGUUCGCAUUGGUUGAAAGUGAGACAAAGGAUGCUUGA